CUAACUCCUCCUUCCUAAUCCUACCGACGACAGAGACGGCGACGCUGAAUUCACACUCUGUUUUCCGAUCGAAGUGCGGAUGAUCUUUCUGCUCCGUCAACUUUGGAUCAACUCCAAACCCUAGAAAGUAAACAGGGCAAGUAAUGGUGGGAUCCUACCGAGAACAGAGACGGCAACGCUGAAUUCACCCUCUGUUUUCAGAUCGAAGUGCAGAUGACCUUUCUGCUCCGUCAACUCUGGAUCAACUACAAACCCUAGAAAGCAAACAGGGCAAGUAAUGGUGGGAUCGCCCAAGAAACACUUCCUUCCUCUUCUCAUCGUCUCCUUUUUUGCUCUCUUCUUCUUCUCCCACUACCAUUCCUCUCUGCCUCUCUCCUCCACUCAUACAGAUCCCAAUUUUACCCUUCAAGAAACCCAUUACUCCCAAUCUUCCACGCCCUUCGUUCUCCUUAUCAAAGUCCUCGCCUUCAACCGCCUCGAGUCUCUCUCCCGCUGCCUUCGCUCACUCGCCGCCGCAGAUUAUGGAGGAGAUACCGUCCACCUCCACGUUUACAUUGACCACUUCGAUGCUACUAGGAAUGAUUCGAGAGAUUAUUUGGACGAGAAACUGGAGGAGUCGCACGGGAUUUUGGCAUUUGCGGAUAAAUUCGAGUGGAGAUUUGGGAACAAGGUUAUACAUUACCGGACUGGGAAUGUAGGGCUGCAGGCGCAGUGGCUGGAGACGUGGUGGCCGAGCUCGGAGAACGAGUUCGCGUUUGUUGUGGAAGAUGAUUUGGAGGUUUCUCCACUGUUUUAUAAGUUUGUUAAGAGUUUGAUUCUCAAUUUUUACUACAAUUCUUCCAAUUUUAGUCCCUCCAUCUACGGGGUCUCGCUUCAGCGACCAAGGUUUGUCCCAGGUAAACAUGGAAACAAAAUACAUCUGGAUAGUGGAACAAGACUUUUCUUGUAUCAGUUGGUGGGCACUUGGGGUCAGAUUCUCUUUCCAAAUCCUUGGAAGGAGUUUAGGUUGUGGUAUGACAAACACAAGACAAAGGGCAUCAAGCCAGUUCUUGAUGGGAUGGUGACGAAUGGAUGGUACAAAAAGAUGGGAGAAAGGAUUUGGACACCUUGGUUCAUAAAAUUUAUUCAUUCUCGAGGCUAUUUUAACAUCUACACCAAUUUUCUACAUGAGAGAGCACUCAGCGUCUCACACAGGGAUGCUGGCGUUAACUAUGGGAAAACAGCUGGCCCAGAUUCCCAACUGCUGGACAAAAGUUCUCUUAACUUCAAUAUUCUCGAAAUGCAACCUUUGAGUAAUCUGAAGUGGUAUGAUUUCUGUUUCAGAGAAGUACUGCCAGGAAGAGUUGUUAGGACCUUGGAUGAACUUGGGUUUGUUCUUCCCUCGGUGCAGAAACAGGAUACCAUUCUUCUAGUGAGCUUAUACGGGACCUCAGAGAUUAUGACUAGGAACCUGAUCUGCCACUUUGAGAGAUUAAAUAUCAGCAAUUACAUAUUGAUAGGCCCGCAAUCUGACUUUCUAUACGAUCUUGCAAGAAGAGGACGUCCUGUAAUUGAUGCAGAUCAUUUUCUCAACAAUCUUAGAGGAAACAAGUUGACAAGAUUUCUAGAUUCUAAUGCAGAGUCAAAGGAGGUUUUAUUGAAAGCCAUUGUGAUCAAGAAGUGUUUAGAACAUAAUUAUAAUUCUUGGCUAGUGGAUGGAAACAUGCUUUUUGUCAAUAGUGAUCUGUUUCCUGGGCCUAAUGAUCCUGACCAUGACUUCUACGCUGGAAAGAGCUCAGAACUUUUUUAUAUCAGGAGCUCUUCUUCUGCUCAGAAAGUUUGGAGUGAUGAUUUUUUUUACGGUGUUGGGUCUAUGCUCAAUAAAUCUUCGUUUCCUGGAGAUGGCAGAAACCUUUUGUAUGCAGUCUUGAAAGAGAAGGGUGUGAGGAUUAAGCCGCUUGAUGAGACACGGUUUGGCAUGUAUAUAGGUACCAAUAAUGUUAACCUGAAUUCUUCAAAGUCAGAUGAGAAAAUGGUUUAUUGGUCUUCCAGUACGGGUUUUGAUUUAGUGCGAAAGCAACUUGAAGAAUUAAGGAUGUGGGUUGUAGAUGGUGACUCCUCCUGCACUGCGGUUAUUUGUCAUCAGUCGUAGCAGCUGCGUUCCCCUUCCAUUGUACUUCAUUCAAGAAAGAACACUUUGUAUCCUUUCAUGGCCCAAACAAAGGUGGGAAUCACACCCUGGUGGCUGGUUCUCUAUUGAUCUGAAGCUAGGAAACACUGAGACAGAUGCAUAUAUGGAAACUAUCUCUGGAAAACCGGCGUUGCUUUGUUUAGCCUACAUUGAAGCUAAAUUUGAGAGAGGUUUGCUGGGGUUGGGGAGGGUUCUUAUAGAAAUUUAUGAUUUGGCUCGUGUGUGGAGAAAAAUCUGGUCUUUAACUUCGUUUAUGCUUAUUCUAAGUAGUAAAUGGUUAAUGGUGAGGCAAAAAGAAUGGAAUCUGAUUUUUGUUUUUUCU